GAAAUUAAAGAGAUAGUUUUGGAUCGUUCAAGUGGUCAUUUACUUGGUGUUUCUUGUCUCCACAGUGCUCUCCAAAUGGGCAGGCCAACUCGAAAUACGAGCAUGCACAUGAUGAACAAAAUGAGCUAUCUGAUGUGACGCGAGUCGUUCUUUGCCGCACCAAAUUGCAAUUUAGUCCGGCGUAGCAUCAGCUCUCCGUCUGAAUUUAGGAUUCUUAGCGGGCUUUGGGAAGGACAGCGCUGCAGAAGGGUCCUGACUGGGGUCCUGAGUAGAGAGGAAGAAGCGGAAAAUAUUUGCCUUGGCGACCUUAGUCAGUUGUUCGGGGACAAUAUUAAUAUCAUGGCUGACGAACAGGACUUGGAAAGGAAAGCAGUGGAAGAGCUGCUUCGGGAAGCUGCCCGAGCCAGGAUACGAGCUGAGACAAUCGGCCCUGCUGGAUGGGCAAGGUGUCCACUGCGCAGCACUAACAAACGCUUCCUACUUAACACCCUUCGAAAAACUACGCUGCAGCAACGCACAGAGCGUGCAGGAUCCAGCAGAGAUGGGAGGCAGACCACUGAACCUUGGUUCAGGAGACCUCAGCGGGUGUGGGCCAGUGACGACACUCGCUCCCGUUCCCCCGUUAAAACUCAGGCAACCCGCAGGACUCUCUCACCGAAAAACUCACAUGUACAAACCCACCACAAUGACAGACACAGACACAUACACAGACCAACCAUAACAGCACACACACCUACAAACAGAUUGACCAACCAUAAUGACAAAUGCACAGACCGCUCAACCAAAAUGACAGACACACAUAGACAGGUCAGGGUGACAAAUAAACACACACACAGUGCAACAAAGCAAGCCCCCUCCAGCUCCCAUAAAUGACUGCUCUCUGACAUCAGUGUUUAUAACCGUGUUUGUUUGUGUAACAACAUGCCUUUGCUUGUGUAAAUGUGAUUGUGCACAUGUAUGUAUGCAUGUGCCAGACAUUAAACAAGCAGAAAUAUGCUGAAGAUAUGUGACUACUAUGUAUCAUGUUCCUGCAAUAUUGUUGUACAAGGCUUUGUUUGGGACUAUUGACAGCUUUUUAGUGUCUUGGCACUCUGCACGCAAUCUUCAAUAAAGUAUGCCUUUAUUUGUACUGUA